ACUUUGGAUGCUAAAUAACUGUUUACAUUUAUUCUAGUCAAAUGUGGUGCUUAAAAAAACUUAUUUUACAAUAUUAUAAGAUUAGACGCAACUAAUGUCUUAAAAUAUUUAAUCAACAAUAUGAAUAACUAAUUAUCUGAUAAUCAACAUUAGCUCAUUGUCACUUAAAUAAUUAUGAAUUCUGAUGAAAGGGAAGACUUUCACAAAGAACCUAUGCUAAAUUCAGAAGCUAUACAUGAGAAUAUUAAACAUAUUACUGAUCCUAUUCCAGAGCGCUCCAAUCAUAAUUCUCUUAAUUCCUUAAAUUCGGAUGCAUCUUGUUAUCCUGAUACUAAGUCCAAUACAAUACCUGAGGUCAAGACUAGAACAUUUGCCAGAUAUCCUAUCUCUUUUAACAAAUUUCUCAAUAAACAACCCAGCUCUUUAAGCCUUUUUGGUCCCAGCAGUGAACAACCACACUAUCAGAAAUAUCCGCUUCUCGACAAUAAUGAUUUUAAAAACGAGUGCUUAAAUAAGCUAAGUAUUGUGGACUCAAAUGUUACAGCAUGGAAAACCAAUCAAAUCAAUGAAGCCCCAAAAUACAAGGAUGUUAGACUAGACCAAAACCAGAAGCCUAGAUCAGUAAGACAUUCUUUCCCUUCCAGAUAUGCUCUACCACUUCCUGCUUACAUUAAUAAACCCGUCAUCUCAUCUCCCGACAGGUGUAUGAUAGAAGAGGACAGUCCUUCGUCUUAUAGUAAUAUGGACCUUAGCCCAGAAAUGGAUUAUUCUCCUGUCGUAGUUCAAAAUAUCACGAGAAAUGGCAAGGUCCACAGGUCUAGGCACAAAAAUGAUCUUAUGGUGAGCGAAUCUCCCGUGUCGAACAAGGAAAGUGAAACAGGAGACGAUGAGACAGAGAUAGAAGAAGAGGAAAGUGAGGAAGAUGAAAGCGAAAGCUACACAAUGAACCAAGAAGGGCUCGGAAACGACGGGGAAGAUAAUGGACUCGGCGAUAAAGUGACAAAUUCCCUAGUAUCCGAUUCUUCCCCCGAUUCUCCAAUUAGUAAAUACGAGUUGAAUGACAGUCAGCCCAGCAUUUUAACUAGGGAAAAACUCCGCUUAGCAAAUUUCGAUGACGUGUUGGGAGAUAAUAAGAAAAUUCAUAAUCCCUUAUUCCGAUUGUGGGCUGAUCUCAAAAUUCGCCUAACUCCCGAUUUUUGGGUCUUUCGUAGAGCAUCCCCUAUUUUUCGGGGUUCGUCUCCUUCCCUCUACCACCCGAAUACGUUGAGAGAAAAGAAACGUGAUAAGGUACCAUUUAAAGAUCAUAAAUUUAUCAGAUCAUUUUUCCCUUCUCCCAAAACAUCUCAAACUCCGGUAUCCUUUGUUUUUCCUAACACUUCUCAAUCUCUGCCGGUAGCUGCCGGAAGGCCCCAAAUUAUAAACAACGGCGCUAGAAGGUCCGUCAAGUCUCUCAAAUCCUCUUUAAAAUUGAGUUUAUUUCCUCAGUCACAAGACUCUGAUAGUCGGGGAGAAUACCGUCGGAUCAAAAAAAUAUCUCCUCCUUGGUAUUAUAGCCAGAACGACAUGGUAACUUACCAGCUACAGCAACUCCAGAAACAACACGAAAAUUCGCAUCCAAGCGGCAUGGAAAGAGUUAGCGGCCCCUAUCAUCGGUUUUUUCACCGUAAGGAACACCUUUGGAAAGUAUCCCGCACAUAUGGCCCAUCUGACGAAAUCGACCGGAACUUAGAUGGUUAUCAACCCGAAAAAAGACCCCGCUUUUUCUCUUCUCCCCCUUUACUUCCAGACGCUUUUUUAGCCAACCAAAUACCUAAUUCUGGCUCUUUUUUACCUUCUUCAGAUAUAGUCAAAUCUGCAGUCCAAACCACCGCAAUUAACAAACUCCCACGGCACCAUACAACCGGCCAUAAGCAUUUUAAAAAAGUGCGCAAACGACUUGUCAAUAAAUCUGGCUCGUGCAACAUAAUCCACUCCCAUAUCCCAAAGCGUAAGCAGCACUUCCUCUCCGACAUUUUCACUACGUUGCUGGAUAGCAAGUGGCGCUGGGCCGUCAUCAUAUUUACCCUAGGUUUUUUGCUCAGCUGGACCCUUUACGCCAUCGUUUGGUGGCUCCUGUGUUUCAGUCAUGGCGAUUUUGACCACGCCAGGGAUCCCGAUUGGAAACCAUGCGUCAAAAACGCGCACUCCUUUACUUCCCUCUUUCUGUUUUCGGUCGAAACGCAGCACACCAUCGGAUACGGUCAUCGUUACAUAACGGAAGAAUGUCCGGAAGCUAUUUUGGUUCUCAUAGUUCAGGCGAUAACUGGUGCUAUGAUACAAGGGUUUGUGACGGGUCUCAUUUUUUCUAAGUUAUCGAGACCUAAGAAGAGGGCUGUUACCUUGAUGUUCAGUCGUAAUGCCGUGAUUUGUACUCGAGAUGGUGCUCUAUGCCUUCUGGUUAGGAUAGGCGACAUGCGAAGGUCUCAUAUAGUGGACGCUCACACCAGAGCUUACCUGUUCAGGAAAAAAGUCACCCUGGAAGGCGAAACCCUCCCAUUAAACCCUUACAAUCUGGAGUUGGGGUUCGAUUCUGGUGUCGGACCCGUACCCGACAUUGUUUACAAAAGCUCUAGCACUUUCAACAAUACCGGUAUUCCAGAUCUCUCUCAUAAUUUUACUUCUACUCAUAACUCGAACACAGCCAUAAACGAUAAAAUAUUCUUGGCUUGGCCAUGCAUUUUAGUCCAUAGGAUGGAUUCACCUUCCUCUCCGUUCUAUGAUCUCUCGGCCGAAGAUGUUAGAAAGGAAAAAUACGAAAUAGUGGUAAUUUUAGAGGGCAUGAUUGAGUCUACCGGUAUGAGUAUGCAGGCUAGAACCUCAUAUUUACCCAGUUAUUCUGUCCAAGGGCUCUACCUGUGUAAUCGAAGGAUGAACACAAUAAGCGAAAUACUUUGGGGUUACAGGUUCCAAAAGCUUAUAACGUUCAUACGAGAAGAUGGGGACUACAUGGUGGACUAUUCCCGGUUCCAUAACACUAUUCCGGUUAAUAUGCCCCGGUGCAGCGCGAGGAUGCUCAAAGAGCUCCGAGACAAAUUCCAACAAAAACGCAAGCUGGAAAAACUUUUGUCCCAACGGCGUAUAUCUUGUCCGGUUACCUCGACUUGUAACUGUCACCUUUUACACGUCAAAAACGAAUUCAAUUUGUUAAACGGCGAGCACUUUUCAAAAAAAUUUGACUCCGCCAGCAAUAACAGCGAAUGUUUUAAUUGCAACGGUAAGGUCUCCCUUAUGGUCACGCUCGAAGCUUACGAUAAAUUGAAUACUCUCUUAAACGACGUAAAACAAACCUUGCAUCAAAUCAAAGGAUUUUAGAGGGAGAAAAAAGCGAGAAAAAUAUUUGGAGACUUAAAUAUGUAAUUCAGAUUUUAGUCCCCCCCCACCCCCCCCCCCACCCACCCAUAGAUGACUUCGGGUCCAAACAAAAAAAAAUUCACAUAAUCUCAAUUAUUAAUAAAUAAAUCAAAUUUUAUAUUGAUAUAUUAAUAAUAUUUUUUUAAAAAUAAAUUAAUUAUGAGCCAUUUAUUUUGCUCAACCAAUUUAUUGCAUUGUUGAAGGAUUUAAAUAUUUUUUUUUAAUGUAUAGUAAUAAUAAAGGUCAAACAUUUACUAUUAAUAUUCAAAGGUCAACCUUUUUUUCUAAUUGUUUAUAUAACGCGUUUAUAAAAAACUUCGUCAUCUAUCAUUUAUAUUAUAAUUUAUUUUUAUUAGCAACCUAAAUCCCGUUCCAUCCACACCCUUUAAGGCUAGUGAGAUUCGAUCCGACACGAUUUAACAGGUGAGCGAAUUUUAAAUAAUCUUAUAGUGGGAUCAAUUUUUCUUAAUCAAAAUCGAUAAUUCUUAGAUUAUUUAUUGAAUAGAAUUAGAUAAAAUUCAUAUUAAUAAAUUGAUGAACAGAUUUUAAAAAUCGAUCAGCUGUUUCUUGUGAUCGGAUCCGACUAUAAAUCUAGCCUUUUCCCAAUAACACUUCCUACCUCUGUUUUUUUUAAAUAGUCAAAUUAAGGAGAAUCUUACGUACAUAGAUUAUAAAUUAUAUUUACUCUUUUCUAUAAAAAAAGAAGAAUUAGCAAUAUUAUUAUAAUACUAUUAUAAAUUCAUUGUAAGCCGAAUUCUUUAACCAACCAUUUAUAAAUGUCAUAA